AUGUCAAUUCCAUUGUCUAUUGCAGAUAAAUUAGAAGCUGAAGCCAUACACACAAAUGAACAAUUGCUGGAAUUCAAUGUGCGAAGUAAAGAUGUCAAUUGGCAUGAAUAUGUAACGCCAAAGAAGCCAAGAUCCUCACCCGUCUAUCUGCAGAGGCAAUUUAAUUUAAUUAGUAAUUAUCGUGAACCCAUUGGUAAUCAUAAUCGGCGUAAGGUGUUACUAUGUCACGAUAUGAUGGGCAAUUAUUUGGAAGACAGACAUUAUCAUUCGUCAAAAAAAUAUGAUGACUAUCGAUUUUAUCAUUGGUCAGCUGUUGAUUAUUUUUGUUAUUUUAGUCAUAACUAUAUUACAAUUCCACCAUGUGGCUGGAUAAAUGCUGCCCAUAAACAUGGUGUCUCCGUAUUGG